UUUUUUUUUUAUUCUUGUUAUUAUUAUAAAAACUUGAGAUGUUUGCUGCUCGCCGUAUUACAGCUACUUCAAUUGCACCUGCUGGUUUAUUGACUCGUUCAGCAGCUAUUGCAUGUACUAAGGCUCUUCCUAGUGUCAAUAUCUUGGCUCGUAAAGCCUUUUAUACUGUUGACAGCAACAGCAACAGCAUCACCACCAAAACCAACAACAACAAUAAUAAUAAUAGAAUGAAUAGCAAUAAUAGAGCACAGCUUUACAAAGCUACUGUUCAAAGACCUGCCCCUCUUUGGUCUGCUCCUGCACUUGUUAACGGUGAAAUUACAAAAUUAAACUUAAGCGACUUCAAGGGCAAAUUCGUGGUGAUGGUCUUUUACCCUGCUGAUUUUACUUUUGUUUGCCCUACUGAACUUAUUGCCUUCAGUGACCGUAUCGAGGAAUUUAAAAAUUUAGGUGCUGAAGUAGUCGGAAUUAGUGUGGAUAAUGUUCAUUCUCACUUGGCUUGGACAAAUGUUCCUAGAAAGCAAGGAGGUCUUGGAAGUAUCAAUAUUCCACUUGUUUCUGAUAUUCAUAAGAGAAUUGCUUCAAGUUAUAAUGUUUUGAUUCCAAAGGAAGGUGUUGCCCUUCGUGGUUUGUUUGUUAUUGAUCCAAAGGGUAUUCUCAGAAUUGCUACUAUUCAUGAUUUACCUAUUGGUCGUUCUGUUGACGAAACUCUUAGAGUGAUUGAAGCUAUUCAAUUCACUGAUGAACAUGGUGAAGUUUGUCCUGCUAAUUGGACUAAAGGUGAAAAGGCAAUUAAGCCUGAUCCAAAGGGUUCUCAAGAAUUUUUUGAAAGUACAAAUGAAUAAAUGUUUAUUUUAUAAAAGAGUAGAAUCUUCAGGAUCAUAGUUAUCAUUAAUAAGUCUGUAUACAUAAGUAGGAGGUGC